UUCCUCCUCCUCCUCCUCCUCCUUCCACUACUACUAGUACUCAAACCAAAUAUACACUAAAAACCAAAACCCCCGCAAAAGAAGAAAAAUCUUAGAUAUGUUGAAUUAUCAAAGACCUAAUACCAUAGCUAGUACUAGCAACAACAACAGCAGCACAUUCAGAGAAAACAAUCAUGAUGAUCAAGAAGAAGAACAAAUCAGAGAUAUCCAUGCUCUAACCCCACCAAGACCUCCAUCAAAUCGUGGUCGUCGAUUAGAAGCUUGGGAAACAAGUAGCCAUAGAUCAUCGUCGAUUUCAGAAGUAGCAUCAAGUGAGAAUUUUUCAACCAUGAGUCGUGAAUUCAACGCUCUUGUCCUCGCUGGAUCGUCGAUUAGCAACAAUCAUGGGAGUGAAAACGAGAAUAAUAAUAACAAUAGCAACAUUUUGGGGAGCAUAGGGGAAGAUGAGCCAAUAGAAGAAACAAAUCCGUUAGCUAUUGUGCCAGAUAAUUAUAGUAACACUGUGGAUCCAAUUACUAUUAAUCCUUCGCCUCCAAGAAGGAUUAAUAAUAAUUCUAGUCAUGGGGAAGUUACGGUUCAAAGGGUGAAAAAAGAAGAAGUUGAAUCAAAGAUUAGUGCAUGGCAAACUGCUAAAAUUUCGAAGAUUAAUAAUAGGUUUAAACGUGAAGAUGCUGUUAUUAAUGGAUGCGAAAGUGAAGAGGUACAAAGAGCUACUUCUUGGAUGAAGAAAAUUGAGAGGAAGUUAGAGGAGAAGAGAGCAAAAGCCCUUGAAAAAAUGCAAAAUGAUAUAGCAAAAGCACGUAGAAAAGCAGAAGAAAAAAGGGCAUCAGCUGAAGGAAAGAGAGGAACAAAAGUAGCAAAAGUUCUUGAAAUUUCCAAUUUGAUGAGAGCUGUUGGUAGAGCUCCAGCUAAGCGUUCCUUCUUUUAAUAAAGGAUUGUUAAUUGUUUAGUCUUAGAAAAAGAAAUAUAUAUUUGGAAUUUAUUUAAUAGUAUGUUAAUUAGUCUAUAGGGGAUCCCCUUCUCUUUUUGAAAUGACUGGGUACCCCUAUUGACAUAUAAAAUUACUAGAUUCAAGACUUCCCAAAAAAGAAAUGUUUGCUAGUUUGUGCUUGAAAUAUUUUGUUGAAUCCUUUCUCUCAAGUGAUUUUGAGUAUUGUAGUGAGAAUUUUGAGUUUUUUGUGUGUGUGGGGAAACACUUUUGUACAGAUUUUUGGAAGUUACAUGCAGUUUCAUGAGCUUAAGAAGAAGUUUGAAUGUACCAUUCUAUUUGACUUGAGUUUAAGUAAUAUGUACUGCUAGUGUA